GGAUGGUUGAAAGCUGAAAACGUUCAUGCAGGAGCUCGAUGAUGUCAUCUGAAAACUCACUCCCCCAAGUCAGUGGCACCGAUUUGUUGUCUUAGUUUUAUUUCCCCUCUGAAGUUUCUCCAAUGCGUCACGGACCGCAGCACAAACCGAGGAAGUCAGAUAACUAAACUAAAGCUGUAGGUAAACUUUGCUGUCUAAACGACGUGGGACUUAAGGGAUUUAGCGACUGGACAUAGAACCAAACAGCCCCUUUUCUGUGGGCGAGCGCGUGAACUUUUACUGGAACCGCAAUAAUGAAUCGGAGUUUUAAUAAAUCCCAAUCGUCCCUGCAAUAUUUGGAUUGCAUCGCGGUUGAAGUGAAAAGCAAGUAUGGAGCAGAGUUCCGGCGGUUCUCCGUGGACCGUUUCAAACCGGGGAAGUUCGAGGAGUUCUAUAAGCUCAUCAUGCACGUUCACCGCAUCGCUAACAUGGAGGUCAUGAUUGGCUACGCUGACAUCCAUGGAGACCUGCUGCCAAUCAACAAUGACGACAACUUCUGCAAGGCGGUGUCUACGGCCCACCCACUGCUCCGGGUCUUCAUUCAGAGACAAGAGGAGGUUGACUACAGCAGCUAUGGGACCCACUCUCUGACCCGAAAGAAGAAGGCUGUGGUGGCGCUGCGGAACGACGUCAACAGGAAGCGACCUCACAUCCGCAUCGGCAUGCCGCAGGACUUCCGGCCAGUCUCCUCCAUCAUCGAUGUGGACAUCUUGCCAGAGUCCCACCGCCGCGUUCGUCUCUACCGCCACGGCUCUGACAAACCCCUGGGGUUCUACAUCCGGGAUGGGACAAGCGUACGGGUGACGCCCCAUGGCCUGGAGAAGGUGCCUGGGAUCUUCAUCUCCCGCAUGGUGCCUGGGGGCCUGGCUGAGAGCACGGGCCUGCUGGCCGUCAAUGACGAGGUCCUGGAGGUCAACGGCAUUGAGGUGACUGGGAAGACGCUAGACCAGGUGACGGACAUGAUGAUCGCCAACAGUCACAACCUGAUUGUCACAGUGAAGCCGGUGAACCAGCGGAACAAUGUGGUGCGAGCCAGCCGGAUUUCCGGCAGCUCCGGUCAGUCGUCAGACAGCAGCGGUUCUACCGGCUAUCCCAGCCUGUCCACCGCAGCAAUGGUGACCGGCGCCCACGGCUACCCCGACGAGCUGGAGAGCGAUGAGGAGUCAGACAUCGUCAUCGAGAGCAGCCUCAAGCGGCCGUCGCGGCGCUCCAGCGCUUCAAUGGUGUCCGUGGCUUCAACAACGUCACGCUCCCACACCCAAGCCCCUCCUCCAGCCCCCGUGGAACCCACCAACACCCCGACCCGACCCCUCUCUGUGGUUUCCACCUCCUCCUUCCACUCCCAGCCCUCCUUCCACUCCCAGCCCAGCCUCAACGGCCUCUCUCACCACGGCAGCCUCAGCUACAUGCUGCACAGGGACCUGAACCUCCAGCACCCCCAGUUCCAGACCCCCCAGCAUCACCAAACCCAGCACCACAGCAGCAACCCGGCCCUCCGGGAGAGCAACGGCAGUCUGCACAAAAUCCUCAGCACCAUGAGGACGGACCCUCGACACAGCCUGGCCCUGCCCCGCGGAGGGGUGGAAGAGGACGGCACCGUCAUCACCCUAUAAUACACACAAACACACACACAUUGGACGUGAGCUGGAGCAUCCCCUGCCCGGUAUACCCACCAUGAGAAUGAACGUUGUUCCUCAAACCUUCUACUAAUUUAGUUUCAUUUUUUAUAAAACAAAUAAUCCAUGGAACAAGGACAGUUUAUUCUGUAUUGUUUGAGUUUUAAGGUUUUCUAUGUCUUGUAAAUGAGCAUUUUAGGCGAGUCCACUGUAUUGUAUAGUCCUGAUGUGAUUCACCUGCUAUCCUUUAGUGACCACUUUUAAUCUGAACCUCUAUCUCCUUUUUGGGACCAACACUGAGCUUUUGUUUUUAAGAACAAUUCUAUGUUUUUGUACAAUGCUGCCUGUCUGUACUGAUUCUCUAUCUCUGUAUUUUAACUGUGGAUUCACAUCAAUCAUCUAUAUCUGCUCUAAUAAAUUAUUCAACGCUUUAAUAAGGAGAAGUGUUGGAUCAUCACAUGUACUAAAACUCUUACUUCCCUUACUAGCAGUCAUUUAUACCUAGUACAUUUUGAACUGCUAUCAAGCAAUACUUCCUACACUGAACAUGGGCCUAGUCUAUAUCCUAAUUUCAUCUUGUCCACUGGUUGUCUGUUUUUGGAGCUUCUAAAAUGGACUCCAGGAAUGCAACAUGCUCUCUGGAAAAAAGCCACUAGCUGACUAGCACCCCUCUCACCUCACCGCUAAUCAACUCUUAUCUUCACUGUUUACUCGACUUAUCUGCUCGGCUGUGAACCCUGUUAGUUACAGCAGGCAGGGGGAUGUGAACCCUGUUAGUUACAGCAGGCAGGGGGAUGUGAACCCUGUUAGUUACAGCAGGCAGGGGGAUGUGAACCCUGUUAGUUACAGCAGGCAGGGGGAUGUGAACCCUGUUAGUUACAGCAGGCAGGGGGAUGUGAACCCUGUUAGUUACAGCAGGCAGGGGGAUGUGAACCCUGUUAGUUACAGCAGGCAGGGGGAUGUGAACCCUGUUAGUUACAGCAGGCAGGGGGAUGUGAACCCUGUUAGUUACAGUAGGCAGGGGGAUGUGAACCCUGUUAGUUACAGCAGGCAGGGGGAUGUGAACCCUGUUAGUUACAGCAGGCAGGGGGAUGUGAACCCUGUUAGUUACAGCAGGCAGGGGGAUGUGAACCCUGUUAGUUACAGCAGGCAGGACUGCUAGGAGGUGAAGGUGAUAACACCUGAAUCUGCAUCUGCUUAACCUCACUUAUUCACUUUCCUACACUGUAUUGGGCACACACAUUGAGAUCUAUGUAUGGAUCCAGUGGUACUUUGGUUUACAAGCACAAUCUAUCCAUCCAUGGUAUGGUUAACUUUCAUAGAGUAUAUGGAUUAUGUGGGACACUAAGCCAUCCAUCUGUGGUUUGUAUGGGAUUCUUCUCACAAUUAUUCACAUUGUAGUUCAAUGUUUUUAAGCUGUCAUGGUUUGCAAAGUAGUUUUGUUGAACAGUCUUAUUGUUGUCUCAACUCUUUAAACCUCCAUGUUAGUACUCCCAGGAUUAACAUAGGAUUAUCACCCUCUUUUGGUUCACAAAUAUGUCAUUUUGUUGCUCUUUCCUUUUCCUCUCCCCAUAGGCUGCUUCGGUUAUCGUGACACUGUUCUUCUGACCAUAGUGACGUUAUUCCCCGCAUAUCUUCACCAUGGACAGUCAGUUCAACCCUGUUGAGUAGUGCUAUAAUGUGUUGGUCACUGCCCCCUCCUGGUAGUACCUUGUACCAUCGACUCAGUGUGGGCCGACAUAUUCACACCUAAGAAAUAUUACAGGUUUUAUAUUUAUUACCGCAACGUCUAGAUUUUUCUGGAAUAAUGUCUAUUGUUUUACUGUCUCUUUUCUUUUUAAUGUACAUACGGACUUUAUAAUAGAUUUUUACAAGGGAAAAACAAUGACACAUGAACAAACAAUUCCACAAGGUAUUAUGGUACGAGGAUGAUUAUGAUGGGGAAUAUUUCUGCAUACCAUGUAAACUGGACUGUUUUUAUUCUAAUGAGAUGAUGAUGUACAGACGUUGCUAUACAUUCUCCACACAUAUUGGAGAAAAGGUUUGUAAAACACUUUGUGCCUUUUUUAAUUCAUUUUAGUCCAGAUAUGUACUGAGCACUCAAAUGUAAACAAUAAUUGAAUGUAUAUUAGGGCUUGAUCUGUAAUUGCUCAAUUCAUAUUUAGUAGGCCUAGUUGCUCUUUCAACAUAGUAAACCGUAAGUAUCACUUCAACUAAUUUCCACAGUUGAAAUUCAAACCCUUAAUGCAAUUAAUUUGAAUUGUGAAUAUUAUGUUUAUAUUAUUUUCUUACAGUUUUGUAAUUUUUGGGAGAUACAUUUUGAAAUAAAGGUUUUAAAUGCA